GUCCCCCGGGUCCCCUUAUUUCUUUCUCUAUACUUUGUCUCUGUGUCUUUUUCUUUCCUAAGUCUCUCGUUCCACCUUACGAGAAAGACCCACAGGUGUGUAGGGGCAACCCACCCCUACAUCUGGUGCCCAACGUGGAGGCUUUUCUCUAGGGUGAAGGUACGCUCGAGCGUGGUCAUUGAGGACAAGUCGACGAGAGAUCCCGAGUACAUCUACAGUCAGCCGUACGGAGAAAAUCAGCUUCCUGUUUGGAUACCCACUAGACAUUUGAAGUUCUACAAUGAACCCAUCAGAGAUGCAAAGAAAAGCGCCUCCACGGAGAUGGUAACACCAGUCACAUGGAUGGAUAAUCCUACAGAAGUAUAUGUUAAUGAUAGUGUAUGGGUACCUGGCCCCACAGAUGAUCGCUGCCCUGCCAAACCUGAGGAAGAAGGGAUGAUGAUAAAUAUUUCCAUUGGGUAUCGUUAUCCUCCUAUUUGCCUAGGGAGAGCACCAGGAUGUUUAAUGCCUGCAGUCCAAAAUUGGUUGGUAGAAGUACCUACUGUCAGUCCCAUCAGUAGAUUCACUUAUCACAUGGUAAGCGGGAUGUCACUCAGGCCACGGGUAAAUUAUUUACAAGACUUUUCUUAUCAAAGAUCAUUAAAAUUUAGACCUAAAGGGAAACCUUGCCCCAAGGAAAUUCCCAAAGAAUCAAAAAAUACAGAAGUUUUAGUUUGGGAAGAAUGUGUGGCCAAUAGUGCGGUGAUAUUACAAAACAAUGAAUUCGGAACUAUUAUAGAUUGGGCACCUCGAGGUCAAUUCUACCACAAUUGCUCAGGACAAACUCAGUCAUGCCCAAGUACACAAGUGAGUCCAGCUGUUGAUAGUGACUUAACAGAAAGUUUAGACAAACAUAAGUAUAAAAAAUUACAGUCCUUCUACCCUUGGGAAUGGGGAGAAAAAGGAAUCUCUACCCCAAGACCAAAAAUAAUAAGUCCUGUUUCUGGUCCUGAACAUCCAGAAUUAUGGAGGCUUACUGUGGCCUCACACCACAUUAGAAUUUGGUCUGGAAAUCAAACUAUAGAAACAAGAGAUCGUAAGCCAUUUUAUACUAUCGACCUAAAUUCCAGUCUAACAGUUCCUUUACAAAGUUGCGUAAAGCCCCCUUAUAUGCUAGUUGUAGGAAAUAUAGUUAUUAAACCAGACUCCCAGACUAUAACCUGUGAAAAUUGUAGAUUGUUUACUUGCAUUGAUUCAACUUUUAAUUGGCAACACCGUAUUCUGCUGGUGAGAGCAAGAGAGGGCGUGUGGAUCCCUGUGUCCAUGGACCGACCGUGGGAGGCCUCGCCAUCCGUCCAUAUUUUGACUGAAGUAUUAAAAGGUGUUUUAAAUAGAUCCAAAAGAUUCAUUUUUACUUUAAUUGCAGUGAUUAUGGGAUUAAUUGCAGUCACAGCUACGGCUGCUGUGGCAGGAGUUGCAUUGCACUCUUCUGUUCAGUCGGUAAACUUUGUUAAUGAUUGGCAAAAAAAUUCUACAAGAUUGUGGAAUUCGCAAUCUAGUAUUGAUCAAAAAUUGGCAAAUCAAAUUAAUGAUCUUAGACAAACUGUCAUUUGGAUGGGAGACAGACUCAUGAGCUUAGAACAUCGUUUCCAGUUACAGUGUGACUGGAAUACGUCAGACUUUUGCAUUACACCCCAAAUUUAUAAUGAGUCUGAGCAUCACUGGGACAUGGUUAGACGCCAUCUACAGGGAAGAGAAGAUAAUCUCACUUUAGACAUUUCCAAAUUAAAAGAACAAAUUUUCGAAGCAUCAAAAGCCCAUUUAAAUCUGGUGCCAGGAACUGAGGCAAUUGCAGGAGUUGCUGAUGGCCUCGCAAAUCUUAACCCUGUCACUUGGGUUAAGACCAUCGGAAGUACUACGAUUAUAAAUCUCAUAUUAAUCCUUGUGUGCCUGUUUUGUCUGUUGUUAGUCUGCAGGUGUACCCAACAGCUCCGAAGAGACAGCGACCAUCGAGAACGGGCCAUGAUGACGAUGGCGGUUUUGUCGAAAAGAAAAGGGGGAAAUGUGGGGAAAAGCAAGAGAGAUCAGAUUGUUGCUGUGUCUGUAUAGAAAGAAGUAGACAUAGGAGACUCCAUUUUGUUAUGUACUAAGAAAAAUUCCUCUGCCUUGAGAUUCUGUUAAUCUAUAACCUUACCCCCAACCCCCUGCUCUCUGAAACAUGUGCUGUGUCAACUCAGAGUUAAAUGGAUUAAGGGCGGUGCAAGAUGUGCUUUGUUAAACAGAUGCUUGAAGGCAGCAUGCUCCUUAAGAGUCAUCACCACUCCCUAAUCUCAAGUACCCAGGGACACAAAAACUGCGGAAGGCCGCAGGGACCUCUGCCUAGGAAAGCCAGGUAUUGUCCAAGGUUUCUCCCCAUGUGAUAGUCUGAAAUAUGGCCUCGUGGGAAGGGAAAGACCUGACCGUCCCCCAGCCCGACACCCGUAAAGGGUCUGUGCUGAGGAGGAUUAGUAUAAGAGGAAGGCAUGCCUCUUGCAGUUGAGACAAGAGGAAGGCAUCUGUCUCCUGCCUGUCCCUGGGCAAUGGAAUGUCUCGGUAUAAAACCCGAUUGUAUGCUCCAUCUACUGAGAUAGGGAAAAACCGCCUUAGGGCUGGAGGUGGGACCUGCGGGCAGCAAUACUGCUUUGUAAAGCAUUGAGAUGUUUAUGUGUAUGCAUAUCUAAAAGCACAGCACUUAAUCCUUUACAUUGUCUAUGAUGCAAAGACCUUUGUUCACGUGUUUGUCUGCUGACCCUCUCCCCACUAUUGUCUUGUGACCCUGACACAACCCCCUUUUCUUUAAGCACCCACGAAUGAUCAAUAAAUACUAAGGGAACUCAGAGGCUGGCGGGAUCCUCCAUAUGCUGAACGCUGGUCCCCCGGGUCCCCUUAUUUCUUUCUCUAUA